AUGCACCAGCACAUGAUACCAAGUCCAAAGCUACAACAAUCUGCGCAUGAACGCUCGCCCGCCACCGCCAGCAUCUCAACUCGAACCGCCACAGAGGUGCCAGCGUGUCCUACCCCCUACCCUACUGCCGGCGGGGACUUCACCACCACCACCGGCCUCGAGCACCUCCUCGAGACCAACGCGUGCCCGCGAGUCCACACCGAUCGCGACUCCACGUACCGCUUCGUGCGCAGCAAGGACCCGCAGGGGCUCAUCGCCAAGAAGCUGCUGGACUGUGAGGUCUCGCACCGGCACGAGGCGACGGAGCGCGCCUGGAACGGCUACGCGUUCGAGUUCUACCUCCGCACCCGCGAGUUUGGCUGCCUGCACGGGCUGAACCAGCACCUGAACUCGGGAGCUCGUGAGUUUCUCGACCCUUGCAUGAAUAGGACGAGAGGGAACAUCACUGACGCCAAGGGGUGGGGGGUAGACGAGGAGAAGCUCUAUCGCUGCCCGAAUCGCAAUUGUCGUGAAUUCAAGACACUGGCUGCCAUCCUCAACCACCUGGAGAGCGAGUCGUGCGGCAUCACCCGCUUCCAGACCGUGCAGAACAGCGUCGAUCGGAUGAUGAGAGGUGGCAACCUGCUGACUAUUUGA